AUGUGUGGUUUCGUCUUGCUGCCUGAUUUUGUUUUACUCGAAAUUAUGUCGUAUUUGACACCUAUGGAAAAUUUAUAUUCAUUUUUCGAUUAUGAUAAUAAACUUCGUUGUAACAAUUUACUUCGUGAACAUCGAUAUUCAGUUGAUAUUCGUCAUUUAUCAACGUUUAUGAAAUCAAAAAUAUUUCGUUAUUUGUGUGCAAACGUAUUUCCAUAUAUAUCAUGUUACAUGGAAUUAUUGAAGAUAAAUGCUGAUUUUGUUGGCAGUCGUAUUGUUUAUGACCUACCAUCUACUGUUUUCUCUAAGAUAAGUUCAUUACAUUUACAUUCAUUACAGGAUGCUGAUCUCACUUAUGUUCUUGAACAAGCAACUCAACUGAAUAAUUUAACAUUAAACAAUGUAAAUGAUACAAGCAUUAAUCUGGUUUUCAAGCGGUAUUUACAUCGUUUUCAAUUAUUCACAUGUGAUAGUUCUCUUCCUGCACAAGUGUCAUUCGCUCUGCAUCCUUAUAUUUUAUCAAGUUUUUCUGGAUUUUUUUUACAAUUAUCUGAUUUGCUAUUGUUUAUUGUACAUAUGCCUCAAUUAAAACAUCUCAAAUUACAUUUAUUUGAUAAUUAUAAUGUUGAUGAAGCAGAACGUCUACGAUUGUUACAAAUGAUAAAAUCUGAUGAAAUAAACAUUUUGGCUAAUAUUGAAAGUUUUGCGUUUAUUAGCCGAGUAAAUUUUAUUCCAUGGUCAAUAUUUGUACGUCUUGUUCGAUCAAUGAUUCGAUUGCGAACGUUAUUUUUUGAUUAUACUCUACAAUGGGCACCAUCACCUGAUGAUAUUUAUCGAUACAUUGAAAUAGACGACGAAAACUGGAACUCAUCAGCAGCAAAUUAUCUAUCAAUCAACUUACAAUUCCUUAAUAAAUUAAUACAUGUCUCCUUUCGGCUUUUGAUCCUUGGCUGUUAUGAAAAACCAAACGAAAUCAGAUGGAACAGUUCUUUUUGGCCAAGAUCGAAAUGGGUUUUUGAUCCAGUGUCACACUACUCAUAUUUUUACACACUUCCAUGGCCUAAAGAUUGUAAUUAUAAUCUUCAACUUUAUGAUCAAAUAGAUUCUAUAAAAAGUAAUCAUUCUGUUAAAAAAUCUACAUUUAUUCCCGAUAAACAUGAAUAUGUUAUCGGUGAGUUUGCUCGUUUGUCUCAAUGUUUUCCAAAAGUUGAAGAUCUCAAUAUGGAAAUGUGGUGUUCGACUUCACCACCUCUAUUUCAAGGCGUUGCUCAACCACUUAUGCAUUGCUGGUCGCUUUCGACUUGUUUGACAACACCAGGAAUGUAUCUUUCACACAUAUUGCCAUUUUUACCAAAACUUCGUGUAAUUAAUUUGUUCGGUGGUAUCGAUCAAUUAAUAGCUUUGGCUAAAUUUCGAUCAUCUACACUCAUUCAACUAAAUGCCUUCGAUUGGAUUGAUGCAAGUAUCGACUUUUUGGAUGAAACUUACUUUCCAUCUGUUCAGUUCUUAUCAAUAAUUCUUUACAAGGAAACAACAACUGAUGAAGUUUUACGUAUCGAACGAACAAUAGAACGAAGUUUUACUCAUUUACCAAAUUUAAUCAGUUUUCAUUAUUAUAGUUCGAUGACAAACUAUGAUCUCACUCAAAUUAUCAAACCAAAUCAAUACUCAUGCUUUUUUAAUGUUCAUAUAGAAAAAACACGAAUAAUUGUUUGGAAAUAA